GCCUUGAGCCAAACUGGAUGCAGCAGGGACGGGAACCUGCGAUCCUGGACAUUUUGCACUCCAGUCAUACCUCGGUAUUGGCCAUCCUAGCUGGGAGCGGGGCAUGGGAUUACAACCACCCCUGGAGAGACGACAGACUUAGGUUCCCCACCACCAUUCCUUCCGAAGGAUUGCGUGGGUUGAUUCAGGCCCUGGAAAGGCGGAUCGCCAUGGUUGCGUCCUUUGUGCUGCGGGGAAAGCACGGCAAAGCGAAACUCGCCUGCAGGAAAAAGCCUACUAGCGUUUGGAAACCGAGCGCCAGGCGAGAAUAGAAACCGAAAGUGCCAUGUCCUAUAAGAAGCGGCCGGCGGAGUCGCCUUAGCCAGUGGCAAACGAAGCAGUCGGUAAGAACGGAGUCUUGCUCCGGCGUCCAGGAAAAACAAAACUUCCAAGAGCAACGGGAGAGAUUGCUUGGCUUUGGUUUUGUCUAUUUUGGGGGAAAGCAACAGCCACGAUCGCCCUUCCCCACGUGCAGGCGGGGCGGUCCUCCUGACCGAGCGAGAGAAAAAGCUUCUUGGCAGCGCGAAGAGACCCUGGACAGCAGAAUGGAAGCGGCGGCUCCCUCCCACGACGAGUGCAUCCUGUACCUGAUCUUCUGCUUCAGACGGCGGAUCAAGAGCAACAUGCGCGUGGCCCCCGUGCUGGACCUGAUGCCCUCUUUGCCCCACGAGGAGAAAGAUGCUAUCCGAGCCGUGGCGGACCACCACGGGGACGUGGAAGCGGCCGAGCGGCUCCUGCGCGCCCUGGAGAAGGACCGCCGCCCGGCCGGCCUGUGCCAGGAAUUCUACGAGGCGCUGUCGAGGGGCGGCUUCAGCGCCGCCGACUACGUGGACCCCAGCAUGAGCGAGCUGCCCUCGCCUUCCCUCGAGGCCAUGGACGACACGGGCAAGUUACUGGUGAACUUGUUCUCCAGCACACUCGUGGAGAAGCUGAGAGCCACGCAGGUGGCCGAACUGUGCCUGAGGGAGCAGCUUUUUACCGACGAGGACGUGGAGCGGAUCAGAGCCAAAGAUGCAGCAGCAGGGAAUGCAGCAGCGGUGAGGGAGCUGCUAGGCAGAGUAGUGCAGAAGAAAGAGUGGCUGUCGCCAUUUCUGCAGGCCCUGGGCGGAUCUGGGCAUGAAGAGGCCGCAAAUAUCCUAAGUGGACAUAAAGAGGAGCAAAUAGUCAACGGGAUGCCUGCAGGUGAGACUAUGGGCACCGAGGAACCUCAUGUACCUGAGAAUCCAAAGCAGGGUGCUGAGUUGGGGUGCAGCUUCACCCGUGAGGAGAAUGCCUCAGAAGAAUCGUGUGGAGGGAGUUCUGCAGUUUCAGAUUCUGACGUCAGUUUGCUGGAUGCAAGUGUCAAUGAUGUGAGCGAGAUUGUCGGUCGGGGCAGCCUCGCCAACGGUGAUUCAGAUGAUGCUGAGGAUGAAGAGACAAGAGUUUCACCAGAGCCAGAGCUGACUCUCAGAGACUACCAGAUGGAGGUUGCCAAGCCUGCCCUGGAAGGGAAGAAUAUUAUCCUGUGCCUCCCUACAGGCAGUGGCAAGACCCGAGUGGCCGUCUACAUUGCCAAAAACCACUUGGAUAAGAGAAGGGAAGCCGGAGAGCCUGCAAAAGUUAUCGUGCUUGUCAACAAGGUGCCAUUGGUGGAGCAGCAUUUCCGGAAAGAAUUUCACCCCUUUCUGAAGCAUCAGUAUCGAGUCAUUGGGCUGAGCGGUGCCUCUCAGCUGAAAAUUUCCUUCCCUAAAGUUGUCACAGAUAACGAUGUCAUUAUCUGCACAGCUCAGAUCCUUGAGAAUGCAUUGCAAAAUGCAGACCAGGACGAAGAAGAGGGAGUUCAGUUAAAAGCGUUCUCCCUGAUCAUCAUUGAUGAAUGCCAUCACACUCAGAAGGAAGGGGUGUAUAACAAUAUCAUGCGCCAAUACUUAAAAGAGAAGAGGGACAAUGAGAAGCGGAGGAAAGAGGGCAAGCCGUGUUCUCCACAAGCUCAGGUUCUGGGACUGACAGCUUCACCUGGGGUCGGAGGUGCAAAAAAUGCGGCAAAGGCUGAGCAGCAUAUUUUGAAAAUAUGUGCCAAUCUUGAUGCAGAUGGAAUUAUGACAGUUCAAGAACAUGCCCCACAGCUGAAGGAUCAGGUGAAAGAACCCUCCAAGAAGUUUGAGAUUGCAGACAACAAGAGAAAGGAUCCGUUCAGAGAGAAACUCAUAAACAUAAUGACAGAGAUCCAGACUUAUUGUGAAUUCAACCCAAGGGCUGAGUAUGGAUCUCAGACCUAUGAGCAGUGGGUGAUUCAAGAGGAGAAGAAAGCUGCCAAAGAAGAGCAUCGCAAGCAGCGGGUCUGUGCAGAGCAUUUGAAGAAAUACAACGAUGCCUUGAUGAUUAAUGACACCACCCGAAUGAUGGAUGCGUAUAAGCAUCUCAAAAGCUUCUACACGGAAGAAAAGAGUAAGAAGAUGGCAGUGAAUGAACACAAUGAGGAUCAGCCAGGAGCAUCAAAACCAGAUGAAACUGAUGCAUUUCUUAUAGCUUUGUUUUAUGCCAAAGAGAGGGAGCUACAACAUUUAACCAGAGAAGCAAAAUAUGAAAACGAAAAGCUGACCAAGCUGCGUAGAACAUUAAUGGAAGAAUUCACAAAGACAUCUGAGCCCAGAGGAAUCAUUUUCACAAAGACUCGGCAAAGUGCUGUUGCUCUCCAUCAGUGGAUUGAAGAGGACCCAAAAUUUGAGGACGUUAAAGUGAAAUCUCACUAUCUUAUUGGUGCCGGACACAAUAGUGAGUUUAAGCCCAUGACUCAGAAUGAACAAAAGGAAGUCAUUGAAAAAUUUCGUGCUGGAAAAGUCACCCUCCUUAUUGCUACUACUGUGGCAGAAGAAGGCCUGGAUAUCCCGGAAUGUAACAUAGUUAUCCGCUAUGGCCUUGUUACCAAUGAAAUAGCUAUGAUGCAGGCUCGUGGACGAGCUCGAGCGGACGAGAGCACCUAUGUGCUUGUGGCGUCGGGGGAAUCCGGAGCUGUUGAACGUGAAAGCGUCAACAUGUUCCGCGAGAGAAUGAUGCACAAAGCAAUCGGACGUGUCCAGGACAUGCCCAGAGAAGAGUAUAUACGUAAGAUACGAGACUUUCAGCUGCAAAGCAAGAUGGAGGCCAAAAUGAAGGCUAGGAAAGAACAGUCAAAGAAAUGCAAGGAAAACCCAUCUUUGAUCAAGUUCCUCUGCAAAAACUGUACCAAGCUGACCUGUUCAGGAGAAGACAUACAGGUCAUUGAAGACAUGCAUCAUGUCAGCGUCAAAACGGAAUUUGCGGGCCUUUAUAUUAAAAGGGAAAACAAGACUCUGCAAGCAAAAGCAGCGGAUUAUCAAACCAAUUGGGAAAUUAUCUGCAAAGAUUGUGGACAAGUUUGGGGAAAUAUGAUGGUGUUCCGAGGCCUAGACCUGCCUUGCUUGCAAAUAAAAAAUUUUGUGGUUUCGUUCAACGACAAGAAAACUCCUGUCAAAAAGCUCUUUAAAAGAUGGGGCGAGCUGCCUGUCAAGUUUCCAGAUUUCAGUUAUGCGGAUCAUUGCAUUUCCAGUGAUGAUGAUUAAGAAGGCUUGAGAGAGAGAGAGAGAGAGAGAGAGAGAGAGAGAGAGAGAGAGAGAGAGAGAGAGACUCUAAGGCAUGUGGAGAUGCUAAGAUUGCGCACUCAGGUUCUUAAUAGGGAAAAGUUUACCCGAGCAUGUUUAUGACGUGAGGACCACAGCACCAAGCAAUGGCCUGUAUGCGUGGCAAGAGCUUUCUUUUCGCAUCAAAUUCUGAGUAGAGUCAGUUCAUGCUUUGAGCUGUGAGUCACAGAGUGGGAAGGAAUAGUUGCGUGAUGCCCACACAUGUAUAAAUUAGCUCAACAAUGUGGAAUUGCCAAGUGCAGCCAAAAGCUUCUGCGGAGAGUCAUUUUGCUUGGGAGUUUGCAUUCGACCCUGCAGUGGCUGUCUAGGGUGGACCACAACGUCAUCAGACCAUGUGGAACCAUGUCUCUAAUCGGCAAACGGCAUUAAAUGAAACCCGUGUUACCAAUUAUUCUAUUGCCCAAUAUGCAGCUGAUGCUAUAUUCAAGUUCCUGUGCAUUUCAUCAAUAAAAGCACAUUUCCUAAAUUGAUUUGUGAUCAAACUUUAACAAAAGAGGCUGAUGUUUUUCUGAAUCUAGUAUCGUGUUUAUGUUACAUAUAUAUAUAUAUUUCAGCUACAAAAUGUUUUGCACUUUAGUACCGGGCAGCUUGUUGCUCAAUGUUCCGGUUAAAUAAAAAUAAAAUAAAAUAAAAAAAUAGGCCGUUGGUGACUUUCUGUUCUCUCUCUUUUAAACUGUUUUUGACUGCAAUCCUAAUCCCAUUUAACAGGGAAUAAACUCACCAGGACUUAUUUCUGAGUAGAGACCUAUAGGAUUGCACUUGUUAGUUUAUUGACUUAAGUCAGGCAUGGGGAAUCUGGCUAUGCUGCUGUUUGCCGUAUCUACUACUCCCAUCGGCCCUAUAAAGCAUGGCCAGUGGCAUAGCAUGAUGGGAGUUGUAGUUCAGAAACAGCUGGCGGGUCAAAGCUGUAAAUGCACCAGCUGUAAAUGCAAAAUGAUGUAUUCUCAGAAGGAAAAAGAGUAUGGAUUUAUACAUUAGGAAGCCUGGGGCACAGGUGAGUAGCAUUCUUGGGGAAAUUGUGUAUUUAUAACAUCUUGGAUAAAAGAGAAAGCAUUGUUAAACAUGUUAUUAAUAUUACCAUAAAGAAGCAAAGUGAAAGGGCACGUAUCUUGGCACUUGUAUGUACAGUAUGUGGAUUGUAUUCACUCUGCGAUGCAUCUACACUAGCUGUUUAAUUUGGAGUGGGCAUCAUUCAUUCCAUUUAAAAAAAAUUAGUUCAGAUUUUUAUAGAGAAUUCAGAUUAGGUUGUCCCUUCUGGUAUUUUUCAUGUUGCUUCCCUGUCUUUCUGAGAUAGUAUUUUUGUCUUAAAACACAAUUAUAGUGCAAACCUACCCAGUGUAGAUUUGCAAAGAAUUAUUGGGGCUUUUAGGGCCACUGUCACUUUAAUUAGUAGUAGUAUUGUCGUGUCAUUAGUUCUUACACCAAAAAAGACCCUGAUUUGCAUAAGAUAUGUAUAUGGUAAAAAGGUAAAGGACCCCUGACAGUUAAGUACAGUCGCGAACGACUCUGGGGUUGCGGCGCUCAUCUCGCUUUACGGUCCUUGAGAACUGGCGUUUGUCUGCAGACAGUUUUUUGGAGUCAUGUGGCCAGCAUGACUAAGCCACUUCUGGCGCAAUGGAACACCAAAACCAGAGCAGCGCACGGAAACGCCGUUUUUUUACCUUCCUGCCACAGCAGUACCUAUUUAUCUACUUGCACUUUGACAUACUUUCAAACUGCUAGGUUGGCAGGAGCUGGGACCGAGCAACGGGAGCUCACCCUAUCAUGGGGAUUCAA